CACGGAGUUUAAUUACAAUGGCACUACUUUAAACAAGGAGCAGCAGCAGCAGCAGCAGCAGCAGCAGCAGCAGCAGCAGCAGCACCAAACGCCACUGUUAGCCCAGUCAGAGCUCAGCUCCGUAUUCAGAAUGGAGAAAGCAAGAACCAUUUUUUUCCCUGGGGCACCCUUCUCUACUCAAAUACCGCUGAAAAAAAUUCUGAGACAAGCACUAGGGAGUGGGGAGAGCGGGCGGAAAUGAACAAUAACCCAUAUUCAGGCGUUAGAAAAAUCAUAUCAGUAAAUCAUGGCAGGUUUUUUUGUUUGUUUUUGGCAGGAACUUGCCACUCUUCAGCAUCAUCCAUCAGGAAAUCUAGGGUCGGAAAAGUGUACCAACUGGCUUUCCAAAUUUUCUGCAUUUGGCAGAUGCAAAUCACAGAGUCCAUCCCCACCCUCAGCACUUGGACGGUAUCAGGGAAACAUAAGUAUCAGUGGAAGAAUCUUGAAGUGAGAAAUAAAUAACUGGUCAGGUUAGGGUUAGUGUUCUUGUGUGCAAGGGGGCUAGUGAAGGUCAGGCUUUGGGACGCACCCACAGCGUCAGCAAAGGAGGAAAAAUUAAGGGGCAGCAUGGGCUGAAAAGCCCCCGAGUUUGAGGUCAAGCCAACGGGCUGGGCCUCUGGUAUCCUAGGAUCUGCCUUGCACACAACCUUUGGCCGUUUCUCGGUUUGAAUCUCGCCUGUACACCUUCAGACGAGACACUGUCUUACUGAGCGUUCUCACAGCGCCUAGCUCAGAGCUGACCGCAGAGCCGGCUCUCAAUAACCUCUAGACGCAAAAGCAGCUUUUGAGGUUAGGGGCGAAGGGCAUCGGUUUUACUUAUUUUAAGGCUGGCGCUCCGGUGCAGCCGGAUCCAACUGCCAGCACAAUGUUCCCGAUCACUUCUCGCUUCCAUUUCAGCCCAGGUGACGUGGGGAAACCCACAGGACCCACUAGGGUCUAAGCGGUUAAGCUGGCGUCCUUCGGAUGUCAGUCUCGAUCCGUUCGGAAACCACAAAAUCCAGAAUCCCUUGUGCCAGGAGGCCAGGCCGCAAAUAAGAUGGCUCCAGAAGAGUGGAACAUACAGCGGCGGGGAACCUAGUCGUUGGCAGUUUCUUCACGGGAUGUGUUUAAAUUGCCGAGUCCCCAUAUACGCGCCACCCCACAAACCUCCUUCCAGGCCGUGGAGGCCACGGCUGCGCCUCGCCCGCUCCUCCAGGAGCAUGCUGGGAUUUGUAGUCCAGUCGCCGGACUGCGCCUAGCUACCUUUCCCAGCUUGCCCUGCGGCUCGGGUGAUAUCAACAGUCUUUUCCAGAACUCUGUCUGCACUGAGACCCCCUUCGCCCGGUCCUCUUCUCGCCGUCUACUCCUUCCCAUCUGUGGCGACAGAGCGGCGGUUGCAGGAGAGGCCCCGGUCCCUUGCCGCGCCGCCCCAAGCGGCACUUCCGGCGGCGGUUCACUUCCUGGUUGGGUGGAUGGAGCCGGGCGGGAGCGCGCGCGGGGGAGGGGCGGCGGGUCAGUCUCCGCCCGGCGCUCCCGGGAUCAGCUGGCGGGCGGGCUGGAGCCGAGCGCGGCCCCGGCUCUCGCUGCAGCGCCGCCUCCUCUCUGCGUCGCAGGCCGGCCCGGCGGCCGUGACAAUGUCGCGGGGCUGGUAGCUGGGCGCCGGCCGCCGAGCCGUCUCAAGUUUAAACUUACACGAAUCGCUUUCUGGAGGAGGAGGGGACCCGCCGCGCGAUUGACACGCAUAUUCCUAUAGGCAUCCUCCCUCAGCCCCCACCCCCACGGCCGGAUUCGGGUGGCUCCUCUCCGAGCUGAAAUCCGAGAAGAAAUCCUUGGAUCUCUUUUCUUAAAAAAAAAAAAAAAAAAAAAUCUAGAAACCAUCGGUAUUUUGCUUUGCUGCUCCCUAUUCGCAAGAUGAAGAAGUUUUUCGACUCCCGGCGAGAGCAGGGCGGCUCUGGCCUGGGCUCCGGCUCUAGCGGAGGAGGGGGCAGCACCUCGGGCCUGGGCAGUGGCUACAUCGGAAGAGUCUUUGGCAUCGGGCGACAGCAGGUCACAGUGGACGAGGUGUUGGCGGAAGGUGGAUUUGCUAUUGUAUUUCUGGUGAGGACAAGCAAUGGGAUGAAAUGUGCCUUGAAACGCAUGUUUGUCAACAAUGAGCAUGAUCUCCAGGUGUGCAAGAGAGAAAUCCAGAUAAUGAGGGACCUGUCAGGGCACAAGAAUAUUGUGGGUUACAUUGAUUCUAGUAUCAACAAUGUGAGUAGCGGUGAUGUAUGGGAAGUGCUCAUUCUGAUGGACUUUUGUAGAGGUGGCCAGGUGGUAAACCUGAUGAACCAGCGCCUGCAAACAGGCUUUACAGAGAACGAAGUGCUCCAGAUAUUUUGUGAUACCUGUGAGGCUGUUGCCCGCCUGCAUCAAUGCAAAACCCCUAUUAUCCACCGGGACCUGAAGGUUGAAAAUAUCCUCUUGCAUGACCGAGGCCACUAUGUCCUGUGUGACUUUGGAAGUGCCACCAACAAAUUCCAGAAUCCACAAACUGAGGGAGUCAAUGCAGUAGAAGAUGAGAUUAAGAAAUAUACAACGCUGUCUUAUCGAGCACCAGAAAUGGUCAACCUGUACAGUGGCAAAAUCAUCACUACGAAGGCAGACAUUUGGGCUCUUGGAUGUUUGUUGUAUAAAUUAUGCUACUUCACUUUACCAUUUGGGGAGAGUCAGGUGGCAAUUUGUGAUGGAAACUUCACAAUUCCUGAUAAUUCUCGAUAUUCUCAAGACAUGCACUGCCUAAUUAGAUAUAUGUUGGAACCAGACCCUGACAAAAGGCCGGAUAUUUACCAGGUGUCCUACUUCUCAUUUAAGCUACUCAAGAAAGAGUGCCCAAUUCCAAAUGUACAGAACUCUCCCAUUCCUGCAAAGCUUCCUGAACCAGUGAAAGCCAGUGAGGCAGCUGCAAAAAAGACCCAGCCAAAGGCCAGACUGACAGAUCCCAUUCCCACCACAGAGACUUCAAUUGCACCCCGCCAGAGGCCUAAAGCUGGGCAGACUCAGCCGAACCCAGGAAUCCUUCCCAUCCAGCCCGCCCUGACGCCCCGGAAGAGGGCCACUGUUCAGCCCCCACCUCAGGCUGCAGGAUCCAGCAAUCAGCCUGGCCUUUUAGCCAGUGUUCCCCAACCAAAACCCCAAGCGCCACCCAGCCAGCCUCUGCCACAAACUCAGGCCAAGCAGCCACAGGCUCCUCCCGCUCCACAGCAGACGCCUUCCACUCAGGCCCAGGGUCUGCCCACUCAGGCCCAGGCCACACCCCAGCACCAGCAGCAACUCUUCCUCAAGCAGCAACAGCAGCAGCAACAACAGCCACCACCACCACAGCAGCAACCGGCAGGCACGUUUUACCAGCAGCAGCAGCAGGCCCAGACUCAGCAGUUUCAGGCAGUACAUCCAGCAACCCAGCAACCAGCAAUUGCUCAGUUCCCUGUGGUGUCCCAGGGAGGCUCUCAACAGCAGCUAAUGCAGAAUUUCUACCAGCAGCAGCAGCAACAACAACAACAGCAACAGCAACAGCUGGCCACAGCCCUGCAUCAACAACAGCUGAUGACUCAGCAGGCUGCCUUGCAGCAAAAGCCCACUGUGGCAGCAGGACAGCAGCCCCAGCCACCGCCAGCUGCAGCCCCACAGCCAGCCCCUGCCCAGGAGCCAGCGCAGAUUCAAGCCCCAGUAAGACAACAGCCAAAGGUUCAGACAACCCCACCUCCUGCCGUCCAGGGACAGAAAGUUGGAUCUCUCACUCCACCCUCAUCCCCCAAAACCCAGCGUGCUGGGCACAGGCGUAUUCUCAGUGACGUAACCCACAGUGCCGUCUUUGGGGUCCCUGCCAGCAAAUCAACCCAGCUGCUCCAGGCAGCUGCAGCUGAGGCCAGUCUCAAUAAGUCCAAGUCUGCAACCACCACUCCAUCAGGCUCUCCUCGGACCUCUCAACAAAACGUUUAUAAUCCUUCAGAAGGUUCUACGUGGAAUCCCUUCGAUGACGAUAAUUUCUCCAAACUCACAGCUGAAGAACUGCUAAACAAGGACUUUGCCAAGCUGGGGGAAGGCAAACAUCCCGAGAAGCUUGGAGGCUCAGCUGAGAGUUUGAUCCCAGGCUUUCAAUCAACCCAAGGUGAUGCUUUUGCUACGACCUCAUUUUCUGCUGGAACUGCUGAAAAAAGGAAGGGUGGGCAGACUGUGGACUCUGGCCUCCCACUUCUAAGUGUGUCUGAUCCUUUCAUUCCUCUUCAAGUACCUGAUGCACCAGAAAAACUAAUUGAGGGACUCAAAUCUCCUGACACUUCUCUUCUGCUCCCUGACCUCUUGCCUAUGACAGAUCCUUUUGGUAGCACUUCCGAUGCUGUAAUUGAAAAAGCUGACGUUGCUGUUGAGAGUCUCAUCCCAGGACUGGAGCCCCCAGUUCCCCAGCGCCUCCCAUCUCAGACGGAAUCUGUGACCUCGAAUCGCACAGAUUCUCUCACCGGGGAAGAUUCCCUGCUUGAUUGUUCUCUGCUCUCUAACCCUACUACUGACCUUCUGGAAGAGUUUGCCCCCACAGCAAUCUCUGCUCCAGUCCAUAAAGCUGCAGAAGAUAGUAAUCUCAUCUCAGGUUUUGAUGUCCCUGAGGGCUCGGACAAGGUGGCUGAAGAUGAGUUUGACCCUAUUCCUGUAUUGAUAACCAAAAACCCACAAGGUGGGCACUCUAGAAACAGCAGUGGGAGCUCUGAGUCCAGUCUUCCCAACCUAGCCAGGUCUUUACUGCUGGUGGAUCAGCUCAUAGACCUGUAGCCGUGACCCAGUAGCAGAUGCAGUUCUGUAACCUUCAUACCGUAAAAUACAUUUUCAUUACGGAGUUAUGAAAAAAAUGAUUUUUUUAAAAAAAAUCUGCAGCUAAGGGGCCCUCCAGCCCUUUUCUCCUACCCCUUGCCUUCUCCUGUAGAAAUGAUAAGGAAAGAAAAUCACUUUGGCCCUCCAGAUAUUCCUUGGCCAGUUCCUCCUUGUUAGUUUGCUGUGUUUUCUCAUUACCCUUCUUCAAUAGCAUUAUCUUAAAUCAAGCGCUAGAUGCCAUGAGCUUCACCUCUGCUGGAAUCGACUCCACCAAAAGCUUAACUGUAACUGAAACUAGUGAAUUGACAUUUUUGUCUCGUUCUUGCUAGGAAUGGCCUCCCAAAUCAAUUCUCCCAACCCCUGUCUCCUUUGGCCAGAUGCUGAUGAAUGUAUUUCCCUGUUUUUGCUUUUUAUCCUGAUGCAUUAUCAUGAGGACAUGGCUACUUCAGUUGGUCUUAACUCUAGGCACUAGCCUGGAGAUGGGUGUGUGGUUUAAGAAAGGGUAAAACUUACUGACUGGUAGUAUACAUUUGAGAAGAGAAAUUGAGCCCAGCUCUAGCCAACCAACUUUGACCUUGUUUGAUCAUAGACUUAGCCAAGGGAUUUUACACCCCAUGCAACCUGCCCAGCAUUCGUCCAGCUUUCUGGCUUCCAUUGAACCGUGAUUUCUCAGAUCUGGAGACGUGACUGCAAGUACUUGAGAUCCUUGGAUAAAAUGUGUACGUUAUAUAAAUCCCAAGUAUUGCCAUUCCUUUUCAUGUUAACUGUUCCAAGUGGGAUCUCAGAAUUAGACCAAAACAAGACAGUGGUGGUAAUAUGAUACCUUUUAUUAGAAGACUUUUCACUGGGGCGGGGGUGGGGGGAGGAUGGGGAGGGGAAGGAAUUGUAGCAGAAACAGAUGUAUUUUUCUUGUGAUUUUUAUUUUGAAUCAAAUAUUGUAAAUUGUGUAUAAAUGAAGAUGCUGAAUAGUUCUGUUUCCACUUGGCAUUUCAAGUCUGAUAUCAGGUGUCUGUACAGGGUUUUGAUCUCUUCCCCUUGUAUAACUACACAGCAAUCCUACAGUGUAACAUAUGGAAUCAUUUUGAAUAGACUUGUGUGUUGCUAUAAGCUUUCAGCAGGUCCUCUGUCUCUAGAAUAAGCAUGUUGUUUAUUUUCAGAUAAUCGGAAAUAAGUGUGCUGACAAGCUGGACACAAUCUGGGUGUGCCCAGCUUACCUUUCUUUCUGAUGUUUAAAUUGAAGGCUGCAGCCAAUGGAAUAUGUCCAGUUGGUUUUCCUUGGCUUCCUAGAUUAAAAAAAUAAUUAUAAAACAAAGCAUAGUUCUUUAUUAACUUUAGGAUAUUGUUCGUAAAAUAAAUAAAGGCCCCUGCACUAACAUGACAACAUGCCUCAUGGUCACCCUCUGUAUUAUCCAUUACUCACCACUUCCUCAUUAAAGUGUAUUUUAUUUCCUUAUGUGGAAAGCACUUUUAUAACAUCACCCUUUUGAAAAGAAGUGGGCACAGAGAACCCCAGUCUUGUUCUCUUCCUCUAGUGCCAUUGUCCAUCAUCAAAAGGGAAACUCUCAGUUAAUCAGAUUUGUACAAAUAAAAUUCCAAGUCCAUUUGCUUGUUUUGCUAUCUGGUACUUUUGUUUCUUCUUCCUCAUGUUUGCACUUUAAGGGGGGAAAAAGUUUAACAGCAACAACAGUAUAAAACACUGCAUUCUGGAGGGCAAGGUUUGACCCUAGGAAUGUGCGAGCAGCCUUUGAAAGGCAUUGGAGGAAAAGUCUGAAUCUUCCAGCCUUCCUUCUGUCUAUGAAUACUUCCCGUGCUGGCUGAAACAAGAUGAGCUAGGUAAAGGCCUCUAGAUGAUAACAGAUCAUUUCUAAAACUGAGAGAGGCACAAGCUUCCUGCCGAGGAUUAAAAAGCAAAAGAUAUCCACGAAGGGCUCUCUGUGGUUGGAUAGCAGUGAAAAUAGGACUUGGUUUACCCCUUUAUGGACAGGAAAAUUGCUGCAGGUCAGAAUUGUAUUCUCUUUCCUGGACAUAGAAAGAAUGUAUAAAUUAAUGAAGGAAAUGUUUAUUUUUAAAUAAGAAUAAUGUUUGAGUUCUAUGUUUUCAUAUAUGAUUUUUUUCAUAUAUACAUGUUAGAAAUAUAAUGAAAUAUCUAGUUUCUCAAUUUAAUUGAAACUAUGAAGAAUACAGUUUAGAAAUUAGGUAUCUCUAAAUUGUUCUUUUCAUGCAUUACCCAUGAUUACAUUGAGAUAUAUUAUCUAGUCAUUUGGCUCAGUAAAGCUUAAUGGAGGCAGUUAAUGAAAAUGAGCAGACUAGAAGCCAGAGACAGUAGUAGAAGCCUGAGGGAGAUAAUGACAAGAAAUCAUCUUGGGCUUAUUUAGAGUAAGGCCUCCUCAAAGGGGAGAACUGUUUUUCUGUUAAGGAACACGUAUGAGUGCUUUGGUAAACGGAGCCUUCCUUGGUUUAGAGCAUCAUCCCUGAGCUAAAAGAGUUUCUUUGAGUUGAGCAUAGUGUCCUAGUACCUGUGGAAUCAUAGCCUGAGCUACUAAGGGACCUUUGAGACCAUCCUCUAGUCCACCAUCCUCUUCAUUUUACAGGUGUGGGACCUGAGCUGGAUUGAACAGGGUCGGGGGAGAAGAGGCCUGGGCAGGACAGGCCACCUGGGAUCUCAUCCUGGCCCUUGCCAGCCACUGGCUGAGUGACCUUCAGCAGGCACUUCACCUCUCAGAGCUGCUGUUCCUUAGAGUUAUACAAUGGGUUUGGACUAGAUGGUCUUUAAGAUUAUAGAAGUAUAGGGACCUAAGUAUAUAUUAUUAUGUUUAGAAGGGCUAUGAAGGAUUUAUAUAAUCCUGAUGUUCUUCAGUUAUCUUCUGUAGUUCCUGCUAUUAUGGCAGCAGUGUUUACAUUUUAAAGAAUUAUAAUGGGCUUUUACUAACUUGCUUUCUCUUGAUAUCUGAAUAGAAGCCUAAAUCAUAGUCUUAGAGAUUUUCCUUUUUAAGUAUUACAGAAACACAUGCGUCCACACACACCUACCUAUUCUAAUAAAAUGGUAUCAGAAGAUUUCUUUUUAAAUGUAUAAUCAGGGAUCUACCAGUUUAAAACGGGCAAAUACUAUAAGCAUAUGUUUCUGAUUUGCUUUUAUUCCAGCUAUGUAAGAGGAAUAACUAUAGCAGAAAACAUCACAAAUUGAUUUUUCCCUUUACAACAUUCAAAUGAGUCCCAAUGUUUUCAAAAAUACAUACCUCAGAGGAGAUAAGGCUUAAGUGGACACUUCUAAGUAUGAUUAUGAUUGUUAUAAUUAAUGAUUUAUUUAGCAGACAUAUCAGAAUUUUGACAUCUAAUUAAGUGUUGUUCCCUUCAAUGUCAUCUAGUUUUACUUAAGAAGUUAAUACUUAUUCUAAUGAUGCUGCCAUCCUUAAAGUUAUUUUUGAAACUCCUCUCCUUAGAAAUAAUAUCAAGGAAGGUAAUAAGGUAUAAGAAAAUCAGUUACAUUAUUUAAUUAGUAUAACUUUGAGAAAGCAUCUGAAAGUGUAUUCAUUCUUUAUCUACCUUUUCUACUACUCUUGGUUCUGAGUAACAUUUAACCAUUUCCAGAAAGCAAAUUCAACCCUGUAAGAUGAAGAAUGGUUACUGUUGAAGACGGUAAAAAAGAAUAAUCCACAAAAAAUUCUCAGAGAGGACCUUAUAAUAGAAAGUGAACAUGAUUAAGACUUAAUUUCUUUAAUUUUCUGAAUAAGGAAAGUUCUGUGAUUCCCUAGUGUUUAGAACGGUUUAAAAAAUGGAAAGAUACGGGGAUUAAAACACCUCUGAAAGAAGUUGUCACUUUGUUCACUGUUAUUUGAUAUUGGACUUGACUUUUCCCGAAUCAGAAUUACAGAACUUGGACUGCUAAUACUUGUGGAAAAACAAACCCAAGAAACGAACCUACUUUUCUCAAGAUGUAAUAUUUGCUUUGUUGUUAAUACUUUUGUUUGUUUUGAAUACUUAUUUCCUACUCUCCUGACAGAUAAUUGAUCAACCAAUAUAACCUUCCCCAGGUCAGGAACAGUUCUGCCUUCGGCAGUGCUAUGGGAAUGAAGGGAUCUCUGGGGCUGACAGCCUGUGAUGUGGAGGGAUCUGCACUCAGCUGAAUAAAUACAUGCUAUAGAUACCUUGGGUCAAAAUACAGUCUCUCUUGAUAAGAUUUUUCUGUGAUUUCCCAGAGUCCUUAACCUUCUCAGUCUGUAAGAUUAUCAGGCUCCCAUAGCCACUAACUUUGAGCUUUGGGAUGAAAAUGAUAGGAUUGGGCCGGGCGCGGUGGCUCAAGCCUGUAAUCCCAGCACUUUGGGAGGCCGAGAUGGGCGGAUCACGAGGUCAGGAGAUCGAGACCAUCCUGGCUAACACGGUGAAACCCCGUCUCUACUAAGAAAUACAAAAAAUAGCCGGGCGAGGUGGCAGCGCCUGUAGUCCCAGCUACUCGGGAGGCUGAGGCCGGAGAAUGGCGUGAACCCGGGAGGCGGAGCUUGCAGUGAGCUGAGAUCCGGCCACUGCACUCCAGCCUGGGCUACAGAGCGAGACUCCGUCUCAAAAAAAAAAAAAAAGAAAGAAAAAAAAAGAAAAUGAUAGGAUUGCCCAGUGUGCUGGGUUAAGCAAAUUAGAGGCUGCCUGGCAGAACAGAAAAACUAUCACAUGAAUAUUUAGAAUGGAAUCUUUCCUGAAACACUCCAGAUACUGCAACGCUAUUUUUUAUUCCUCUCUAAAGGCUAUAAUUUUAUCAACACAAAGUCAGCCUUUUCUUUUUCCACACUAGUAAUGUUUCUGAAGUUGGACAUGCUUAGGUUUCUUAAAUCAGAAUGAGUCCCAGAAAAUAUAUAACAAGAAAACUCUUUUGCUUCUCCCAGAUUUCCUUUCAUUAAUAUGGGAUAGGGAGGCUCCUUGGGUAAUGCUAACCUAUGCAAAGAAGUUACCAGAUGGUGGUAGUUGCUAGAAUGAAAGACACUUUCUUGGUUCACACUUUCAUAUAGUGUCCUGAAUUUACUCUUUUCCUGUGAGUAUUCUACUCUGCCCUGCACUCUCCUUUGUCAUGUGGAUGUGUAUUUAUCAUAGGUCUUUAACCCGUCCUUCCCAAGACGACAAAGCAGACAGUUGUACAUGAAGAUACGCAGUAAAAAUGUGAAAUUUGAACAUUGCUGCACAAGUAUUGUAUUUAAAAAAAAAAAAAGUCUGUAAAGAAAUUUCUUAUGUAAACAUACAGGGAAAAUAAAGACUUUUAUCUGUUCGAAUGGGAGCAUGAUGUUUAGAGACGUAAAUAACAGAAGUUGCUCUUUUCCUGAGCUGAAAACCCACCUUUUUGCAGAAAGGAUUUAGUCACAGUGUUGAGUGAAUAUAAGUACCUGGGCACAGGAAAAGUAUAGCUACACACUGAGGACAUGUUAAUGAGUCAUGGCUACCCGAGAGAAUAAAACCCCUGUGGUCAAGGAGAAGAAGACGCCUGCCAGCCUGCGCUGGAUAUGUCCAGACACAGGGUUGUAAAAUGGAGCACAGGCUUGCAGCUUCCUCCUCUAACUUAAUCCCUAAUAUACCCAGGCCAACUUAAUUAAACAUUUUGUGUUGGCAAGAUUAAUUUUAUCCCCAAUGAGAAAGCUCACUCAUUUAAUUGCCUCAUUGGCCUGAGAGGCACAGCUGGCCAUUUUUGGCUUCCAUCAGGUCCCUCAUUUCCCAGUCGUGGGUUUUAACGCAGCUACCCAAUAUAUGGUGGAACCAAAUGCUUAAUUUUAUUAUGUGAGCUAGAAGGUCAUGGUAAUUAUUAGUUUGAUGUAUGUCUCUUGAUUUCCCUAGUUUUGGUUCUGAGAUUUUAAGUUUCAAUUGCUGCUGCAUUUCCAAGUUCUUAUGAAGGGAUAGUUUGCUUUCUGUUUACUAACAACAUAUGAGAAGGCUUCUUCUCAAUACUCCAAGUCUUCAUUUUCUGUUUUUGGCAAGAAUUAUGUCUUUGAUACUCCCUGUAACUGUUAUUUCAGAUUUUGGUAUGAGGAAAAGUAAACUUCCGGUUGUGCGUGAUGUAUUUCAUUAAGGAAUAUCCAGCCUGACAUUUAGGUCUUCAGACUUUGAUUCUGUAGGGAGCAUUCUGAUGACCUUCACUAUGUCAGUCAGAUGGAAUUUCCAGGGGAAACCCAUCCUAAAUGAUUCAGCACUUUGGGUUGCUUUGGAAGUGAAUAGGGAGCUGGUGAGGAUAGUUGCCAGGUCAUCAGGUAUUUUAGGAACUCCUUCUCUUCCCUGAAGCAUGUGAGUUCUUGCUGAAAUCUAUAUAAUUUGGAGCCUCAAAAUAGACUAAUAUGCACUUACCCAUAUUGAACGUGUCAACAUCCCUAACCUGGCACACAGUCCUACAUCAGAGCAAGAAAAAGAAGUGUGUUUUAACUUCUUGCUUAAUUUUAUGUGUGAAACCAAAAUAAAAAGAGGCAUGACCCAGUUUGAGGGAAUUAUAACAAAACCCUACCUUAGGCUCCAUGAUAAGUAAGACCCUGUGCAGACUCUGAAGCCAGGCCCUGGGCUUUAGCCCCUGAGGUGCAACAGGCAGUGUUUACUGAGCUCUGUGGCCACAGGGUAUCUGCUGUGACAUGCCAUUGGUUACCAAAGGAACUGGGCCAAGGCAUGUGGUUAGGUUAGUAUAAAUCCUUCAAUGCUAGUAGAGAGACUGCUUCAAACACAUUUCCUUGUUGGCACAAUGCUACCUUCAUAUAAAGGAACUGUUCAUCCUGAAAACACAUUUUCCCUGUAAGAACACAUUCACGUACUCAAAGACUUUCAUCUGCCAACAAGAUUUAAUAGUUACCUUCUGUUUCUAUUUGGAAUUUCUCCUAUCUCUUGACUACCUUGUUUCUGGUGCUACCACCACCAGAAUUCCUUAAGGGAAUGUGGAGGUCUGGGUUUCCCCCAUAUUCUCUGGCAUUUCUUUGCCCUUCAGAGUGCCAGGCUCAGAGAGUUGCACAGUGUGAUUGCUGUCCGCCUCGGCCACACCAUCCCUCCUCUAACAAGAAUAGAAAGGUUAAGGGACUUGGCCUUCUCAGGAGAACCCUUUAAAUGUACGUUUACAUUCCUGCAAAGCCUGUUGAUGCUGAAAGAAAGAUAGGAAAUAGCUCUCGUCCUUGUUUUGAAGGACAGGAGACUAAUUUUCCCUUCAAACUUGAUAUUCUGGUGUUUUUGUGACUGUUUUUGUAAAUUAUUCAAAGUUGUUGGAAUUUUAAGUCUGAUUUUCCCAUUACUCAUCAUGAAGGUCAUAGAAUAUGCUAUGAGUUGGAAGGUUUUCCAAGUGGGUUCUUGACCAAAAACCUACUUUUUAACAAAUAAUUUUGAUGGGUUAGACAUGUUCUUCCAUCCUCUCCAACUCUGGAUAUGGGCACACACACACACCCCUUGGUACUUCCCAGUUCUCAAAACGUAAUCUAGCACUUCAGGCAUCCAAAGUGCCCCUGGUUCAAUAGAUAGCUGCUUUUUGCCGGUCUCUGUGCACAAAUUGUUUUGACUGAAUUCAGUUUAAAUUUCCAAAAAGCACUGAUUGUGUUCAAACUAAUGUUCAUUGGAUUAUUGACCCGUAUGAUGCCAGAGUUGGUCGUUGGCUUUUUUUUCCUAGGAGAUAUUUUGCUCUCCUGCAGAACAAGCUUAAUAACAUUAACUUUCAAGGUAGUUUUGGAAGAUGAGAAAUUGUGCUUUUGUUUUGGCAACUGAAAACUUUGUCCAACGGAUACUAUGUGAGGAAGGUGGUUUAAGGAGUUUUAGGGCCCUCUUGUCCUUCUUUAAGGCUCUGCAAACCUUAUUUUGGAAAACUUCUUUUUCUCCCUUUUAUUUGAAUUUCCUCCCAGAAAUUAUCAUCUUGGUAUCACCGAGACAAAUCUAGUAUCAAUAUGCUUGCCUGAGAAACUAGGAUUAUGUCUGUCCACAUAAAUUGCAAGGGAGAAGGUAUUCUGUUUAUUUCCUGCUGAUGCUUUCAUAUCACCAUGUAACUGCACAUAUUAAAAUUAUAAUGCAAGUAAAAAUUUAUUCUCUUCAAAAUCUUAUUCUUCAAAUACUAUUCAGAAAGCCAUUUGGCACAAGUACAGAAUUUAACUUAACGCUCCAAUCUGGAAUUCACUGAAUGCAUUCAAACUGUUAGAAAGGAAAAUAAAAAUGGAGGACAAACACAUUUUUGUUUUGUUUCUGAAAACAAUAUUUAAGGUCAGAACUGUUUAAAAAGAAGCACUGCUAAAAAGUUAUAGGAUUCAGAGAAACAUAGUAUUUUUGUACAGUAUCUUAUAAAAUGUUCAGACCUCUCUCUACAUUCUCUUUACAAUGUAAUGUCUCUUAAGUGACUGGUUUCCCAAUAAACUGAUUUUAAUGCCUCUUC